AUUCUCUUUUUACGCAAUUUAUACCCACAUUCCAACCUUCUCUUUGCACUCUCCAACUUUCUCCGAAAAAAUAAAAGUCCCAACCAAAAGAACUCUCUCUUCUUCUUCACCACAAUAUGUCUAUCAAAAUGACCCCAUUUGCUCUUUUUUUCCUCAUUACAAUAUGCACUUUAUCAUCUACUACCGUAGAAUCAGCAUCUCGUUCAGCCCCUGCACCAGCAGUGGACUGCAACAACUUGGUACUUAACUUGGCUGACUGUUUGUCUUUUGUUACUAAUGGAAGUACUGAGACGAAACCACAAGGUACUUGCUGUUCAGGCCUUAAAAUGGUGUUGAAAACUGAUGCUGAGUGUCUCUGUGAAGGCUUUAAGAACAGUGCUCAGUUAGGUGUUGUUCUUAAUGUUACUAAAGCUAUGUCUCUUCCUGCUGCUUGCCAUGUAUCUGCUCCUUCUGUUAGUAACUGUGGAUUGAGUACUGACACUGGAGCUGCUCCUGCUCUUUCUCCAGUUGCUGGAUCACCAACCAUGUCGGCAGUUGCUCCAACCACCGCUGAGGGGGUGAAUGGGGGUGCUCCAGUGCCAUCUCCAGGAAGCUCCGAUUCUACUACACUUGCUCUAUCAGUCGGGCAAUUGGUUCUGACUGUGGUAGUUGCAGUUUUCUGCUGGUUCUAAGCACAUUCGAUGAUCAUGUUUCUCCAAUCACAUUUUCUAGGAGCGCGAUUUGCGGGAGGGCAGCACAGAUUUCUUUUUAUGUUUUUUUCAUUGAACUUUCCUAGUGGGUGUACUCUAAUUUUAUCUAUUGUAGAGGUAGGUAAUUUUAUGAGACCAGCGUAAAUAGGUAUGACACUGCCGUGUCACGUUGUUUUGUCAUGAGGUUCUUAUUUGGGUGAUACUCUAUUAUUUUCUGGUCAAAUCUAUGUUCUUGCUCCAUUUAAA